CAGUGUGGUGUUCACUGCAGGUCAUAUAAAACUCACGUCUUCCCUAUAACACCUUCAUUAGUAUUCAGUGAUAAUGCCAAGAAACGUGGAGCUAAAUGCUAGAUAUUAUAUAUAAAUGUUGUGUUAAUUUACUAUGUGUUGAGGGUUAGAAAGGGGUUUUAUUGCGUAGAGAAGGGGUAAAAAAUGGGACCACCCACCAGCAAGCCACGCCUUUUCAGACAGUCUUGAGAGACCCCGCCCCGUCUCUCCCACCUGUGGACGGGGGAGUAGAGGAAUGAUUUUUGUGUGACCCAAAAUAGUCCCAGCCCGAGACCAUCAACAACUUGUCUUCUCCCAACCCCUCCCACCCCCGCUGUUGCCGGACACCAUAACACUUCGAUUGAAUGUCUGGCGGGUGCUUGUGUGUGUAUGUGUGAGAACUGACUUCAGACAGGUCUGAACAGAGCUCAGUGGGGACCUUGCCAGAAGCACCGACCAUUGGCAUCCCCGGUAGCCUCCCCUGGUGUCCAUUCUCGCCAAGAGGAGACGCGAAAAGUUUAGAAGCAGUGAACAGAAUCAGCUGAAGAUGACAUCUUUUUGGGGAUUCCUGUCCGAGGGCAUACUACUACUGGUUCUGGCAUUAUGGUGGAUGAUAAAUACUUCUCGUGAAGUCAUUAAGUGUGAGCAAAAUGGCGCCACUUUCAAUCCGAAAAUCACCUACACCUGGCGCGGCACGCACGUGCCAGUAGAAAUCUUCUAUAAACUAUUCAUUACUGCCUUUGGCCUUUUCGGGCAACUCUUCUACUCUAGCUGGAGUUUCCAUGACGACAAGGGUGACUUCCAGAACAUGGUGCCGCUAAUGUUCAUUACAGUAUACGGCAUCUUCUUCCUUCACUCCAUCCUCGAUCUCCUCCUGUGGCUCCGUGUACCGGUUUUCAAGGGAGCUAACUACGCUUCCGCUGCCACCGGCUUCUUGUGGUACGCAGUGGCCUACUAUUUCAGUGUAGACGACUUUAAGGCCACCAACCCGCCGCUGAUGGUGUCGGUGAUGUUGUGGACCUUCCCCAUGUACGUCCUGCUGCCCAUCGCCGCCUCCUUCGCCCUGGAGCCGCUGUGGCGCAGUGGUGUGGGCACACAGUUCGUGCGCGCCUUCUGUCUGCAGCUGUACGCCACCUGGUGCUGGCACUGCGCCUUGAUCCUCCACGAGCGCGGAGUCUUCCCAGGUUCCGGUCCGAAUCCAGCCUGGAUCCAGGACGACCACCGUAACAUCUCCUUCACAGCCGCCAUCUUCGGCUUCCACAUCUGCAUCAACGUCGUCUUCGCCUGCGCCACCUACUCGCUCGUCGCGCUGUACGUGCGCAUGCGCCACGGGUUCAAGGUCAACAACAACUCUGACCUCAGCAGGUCGUAUGGCUACACUGCCUUGACCUCUGAGGACAAGGCUGGUGCGACCCUGACCUUGAAGCAAGGUGCUGACGCCAAACUACUCAGUGCCUUCGGGUCAUCGUGAAGAUGUGUGUGGUUGGGUGAGUGAGAGGAGGUGGGGUCAUGUCUGUGAGUGGUGUCAUCUGUGUGAGUGGUGUCAUCUCUGUGUGAGUGGUGUCAUCUCUGUGUGAAAACACUAGUUUGUGUGGAAUGGAGGACUGUCGUGAACAAGCUUCGAUCAUUGUCUAUGUUGUUGCUGGACAGGUGAGUGAUGGUGACGUUCGCAGUUGUUGUCCUGUCACUCACCGCUCAGGGACGUGACUUCAGCUCACUGUCGAGACUCAGUGAUGUACUUGACUACUUAUUGUCAGUAACAUUAUUUACCACAUGUGUGUGUGUGUGUGUAUUUUGUUGCGGCAGUCAAAGCACGUGAUUGAUCACACCCACUCUCCCGCAGCCACCAUGUCGGUGUUUAGCGUUUGAUCCACCUUGUAGUCGUGCGCGUCGCCAGGUGAGCACAAAUCUCACGAACCUUCUGCAGUUUAUAAGAAGUAGGCCCAACCAGGUAACAAAGGACUAAUUUGUUGUAAGUUCCUGAUGGAUAUAUGCCCAUCAGAAGGUGCCUCGCUUUGAGUUUCUCAUGAACUGGUUUCCCUCUUCUCCCUCGCCUGUUGCACACCCCACCUCCCCACCCCACUCCCCCGCCAUGUGUACAUAUAUGUCCAGGUAUUUGUGUGUGCAGUGUACAUUGUACAGUUUAACGAAACGGUGAGUUUGUUAUGUAAGUUAUGUUACGGAGCACUUAGUAAUAAACCAU